GCCCCUCCCGCCCCGGCUCCUCCCAUGCCCCUCCCAGAAGCUGUCAGGUCCCGGCCUGGGCUCAGUGAGUGUCGGGCUGUUUCCAUGUCGGGUCCCUCUGAGUCACAGGGAUGAGACUCGGACUGUUCCGGCUGCUGCAGCUGCUCCUGAGCGGCCUGGGGAUCUGUGGCCUGGACCGAGUUGCAGUUCAACCUGACGGAAUCUUGUCCUGGGAAGUGACCCCAGAGCUGCACCGGAGGGGGCACAGGCUGAGUCUGCAGGACGUAAUGCGGACCCUCCCCAGUGACCUGCACAUGUCCAUGGAGAUAGAUGGGAAUCAAGUAGAACUGGACCUGGAGUGGAAUAGACACCUGCUUCCGGAAUCUCACAGCCUGACCUACUACUUGCCCAAUGGCUCUCAUGUCACCCAGCGGGACCCCAGGGUGGAAAACUGUUACUAUCAUGGGCAGCUGGAAGGUCAGACGGGUCCCUGGAGCAGCAUCAGCUUGUGCUCAGGAAUCCGGGGAAUCAUCCUGACGUCCCCAGAAAGGGGGUACAGCAUUGAGCCGCUCCCCGGAGACCCACCCCACAAACACAUUGUGCGUCUGACCCCGGGGAACUCCAGGAACUCAACAUGUGGGAGCACAGAGGCACCCCAGAGCCUCAAACUGUCACCUCAUCACAGGAUAAAGAGGGACGUCGUGACGGAGGCAAAGUACGUGGAGUUGGUGUUGGUGGCAGAUAACACAGAGUACAAGAUGUUCAGCGGCGACAUGAAGAGUCUGCACCUGCGGAUCCUGGAAAUCGCCAACAAGGUGGACGCCUUUUACCGACCUCUCAAUGUCCGGGUGGCCCUGGUCUCCGUUGAGGUUUGGAACCAAAAGGAUCAGAUUAAUGUCACUACAAACCCUGCAGAGACGCUCUACCACUUUCUUUCCUGGAGAGAGAAGAACCUUCUUCCACGAGUGACCAAUGACAAUGCCCAGCUUCUAACGGGCAUCACCUUUAUGAACUCUUCAGUUGGCAUGGCAACAAUGAACUCCAUGUGCUCCGCGGUGUACUCUGGGGGUGUGAGUAUGGACCACUCGGUGACUAUUCUGGGCGUGGCUUCCACCCUGGCGCACCAACUGGGCCACAACCUGGGUCUGAGCCACGACACGGACAGGAAGUGUGGGCAACCGAGUAAGGGCAAGAAAUGGAUCAUGGAGCCCUCAGGGGGCUUCUUGCCAGGCCUGGAGUUCAGUAACUGCAGCUUCACCGACCUGGAGUUCAGUCUGCGGCGUGGGGGGGGAAUGUGUCUCUUCAACGUCCCCCCUCCCAAGAGACUGUUUGGGGAACCCCAGUGCGGAAACUUUCUGGUGGAGGAGGGGGAGCAGUGUGACUGUGGCCUCUCUCAGGAGUGCACAGACCAGUGCUGUGAGGCCACAUUGUGUCAGUUUCGGGGAGGUGCCGAGUGCUCGUCGGGGGACCAGUGCUGUGAGGGGUGUAAGCUGAAGGUGUCGGGGUCCAUGUGCCGGGAGCCCCUGGGGGUGUGUGACCUGCCUGAAUACUGUAAUGGGGAGUCACCUCAUUGCCCCCCAAAUGUGUAUCUGCAGAAUGGGGAGACGUGUGACCAAGGCUACUGUUACCAGGGGGAGUGCCGGACAAUACAAGCCCAGUGCCAGGAUCUGUGGGGCCCCGGCUCCUCCCCCGCCCCGGACCCCUGCUUUAGCAAAGUGAAUAUCAGAGGAGAUAAAUAUGGGAACUGCGGCCGAUCUCUGAAUGGCACUUACCUGCCUUGUGCUGAGAGGGACGUUUGGUGUGGGAAGAUCCAGUGCCAGGGGGGUAAUUCCCGUUCCAGGCUCGGCCCCGGGGCCCAAACUGUUCUGGUCAGUGUCACAAUUAAUGGGUCGGAGUUGUCGUGUCGGGGGACGCACUUUGACGUCGGAGAUGAUAUUUGGGAUUCGGCAAUUCUUGUCGCAACCGGAACACCAUGUGGGGCAGGAAAGGUCUGUGUUGGACACAAAUGUGAGGAUGUUUCAAAGCUGAAGGUGCAAAACUGCAGGAGCAAAUGUAACGGCCACGGGGUGUGUAACAGUAACAGGAACUGCCAUUGUGACGCUGGUUGGGCCCCCCCGGACUGUGCUGCUUCUGGGCAGGGGGGCAGUAUAGACAGCGGGUCGGUCCCACUGAAGAAUGUUGGCAACUCCCGCACCUCCGCUCUCCUGAUGAUUUUCCUACUCAUUGUGCCCCUCCUGAUCCUGCUGAGCAUCUGCUACUGGAAGAGAAACUCCCUGCAGCUCCGACUGGGCAAGUUGAGUCCCAGCAGCAAGUGCCAAUACAGGGGGGCCCAGACCAGCGACAACCAGUCCCGCCCACAGCGCCCGCCUCCACCAAUGAGGACACAGAGCACAGAACUGCAGGUGAUGUCGACCUACAACAAGGGCCCUGACCGGCCUGACCCACCAUCCAAGCCUCUUCCUCCUGAUCCAGUUCCCAAUCGUUGCCAGGCUGAUGAUCAGGACAGGCCGCCACCCCCUUCUCGGCCUCUUCCUGCGGAUCCCGCCCCCCGGCAGGUUCAGCCCCCCGUGCCCAGGAAACCGCCUCCCCCCAAGAAACCGCUGCCCUUGGACCCCUCGUCUCAGGCCCCUCUGCUCUCCGUCCCUGCGUAUCCUGAUCACAUGAUCUCCGCCCCCUCACGGCCUGCACCCCCGCCCCCACAUUCACAAAGAGCCCAGCAGGUUUAGUGGCAGCUGAUUGGACCAGUUGGAGACGUGAGGAGAGGACAGAGCUGAAGUCUCAGACCUUGGACCCCCAACUGGGGGUGCUGGGUCCUCACCUGCUGCUCUAUGGACUUUAUGGGAAAUUUUUGGGGUGCAGAGGAAUUAGGGGCCUGGGUCCCCUACACAGACUUGUGACUAAUUACCUCUGGGAGGUCAAAAUAACUGACACUGAUUCCCUCUGACCCGCGACUCAUUUUGUUCCUCUCUCUGGGUUUAUGGGGGUGUCACGGGGCCCCUAGUCCUGAUGUAUCACUGUGGCCUCAUGGGAUGUAUUUAUGUGACAGGAGUGAGUGUGAGUGAGGGACUGAGUGUGAGUGAGGGAGUGAGUAUAAAGGAGAUUGAGGCAUUGCAAUAAUGGGGUCCCCAGCAAGACCCCCGCUUUUCAUAUAAAAUGUAUCAGUCGCUGGUGAGAAUUCUGGGAAGAACAAAUGAUUUGGGAAUAAAAGGGACAAUGAAACCUCA